CAGAGUUAAUUGAGAGUUACCAGAGUCUUCCUUUUUUCUUCUCAAAAGCAUUCCAAUUUCGGUCACCAUGGCGACAAUCGUAGAGUUUGAAACAACGGAGGGAAACUUCAAGGCUGAGUUAUUUACGGAGAAAAUGCCGAUUACAUGGUAAGUUCGGAAAUCACGUGGUCUUUCGAGAAUCGAAGUUUAACUCUCACCAAAGACUCCAUUCUCUGGAUGAAAAAAUCAUCAAGUGGCAACUUUCUGGAUUUAAUUGAAAGAAAAUUUUAUGAUGGGCUUUAUAUCCAUCGGAUUACCCCUCAGUUCUGUGUCCAGUUUGGAUGUCCAUAUGCACUGAAUCCCCACGUAUAUUACGGUACUCUUGAUGACGACGCGGGCAAGGGGUCUGGACCACCAGAUACAUCCUAUAAGUCAUGCAAUGGUAAGGAGCACACACGAGAUGAGUAUGGAAACAUUGAAGAUGAAAUUGUCAAAGGAAUAUCGAACGAGGAAGGUACAUUGAGCAUGGCGAAUUCUGGCGACCCUGAAACAGGUGGCAGCCAGGUAUUCAUCAAUGUCAAUGACAACAAGCACCUUGAUUGGUGGAAUUCGUCGUCUGACAGUGCUCAUCCUGUAUUCGGUAAAAUAAUUGAAGGAUAUGAUAUUGUGAAAAAGAUCGAAGCAGUCGAGACACUUUCGGAACAACCAGUAGAGCCAAUUCAAUUAGUUUCGGUAAGAAAAAUCUAAACUGAAAAAAGGAUUAACAAGAUA